CACCCGCCACCCCCGCUUCUGCAGAAACUGCCCGCUUCCUACCCCACCCCAUUCCCCCAGGGCGGACACGCUGCCUGGAAAGAGGUCCGCCCCGGGCUCAGUGCCGUCAGCCCUGGACUGACUGCGACCCCUCACUUGGGUCAUCUGUCCGCCUCCUCCAUCUCCCUGGGAACCCCGCCCCCACACCCAGCUCCUCAUCAUCCUGCUUCCGUCCUAGACCAAGAGGGGCCGGAGAUGAGAGGCGUCCACCCCAGGCGGUCGUUGUCCAUCGGGCAUUCUGGAAUCUCCCCAGCGCUUAGCAAGACAGUCAUCAUCCCCGAGGGGGAUGCAGGGACCAUGGAUCCGACCCUUUCUCUGGAGGGGGGCGGGACACAGCUUUCGUCUCCUGGAGAGGCUACCCGGGAACCAAGACUCCUGCUCUGUGGCAGGCGGGCGGCCGUCACAGAGGACUCCACGCUGGACGGCUGCAAUCCACAGGAAACCAUCCUCUCCCGCAGUCCUGGGGACCACAUGUCUGAGGUCCCAGGGUCCCAGGAUGGUUCAAGGGGUCCCAGGACUGAGCUCCCUCCAGGAAGCCUCCAGGGGAGGGUCCUCCCCGCCUCUUCCAGCUCCUGGGGCCUCCAGGCGUCCAUCCCUGGGCGGGUGGCCGCCCCCUCCCAUCUCUGCCUCCAUCCGCAAGCGGCCGUAUCCUCUACCUGCCGGUGUACGAGGGGCCGUCUGCUCAGAAGCGCCGUGGCCCCGUGGGACGUGGGGACCACCCUGUCCCAGCUGGACUGUGUGUUACCCUCAUCCUUACCCCUGCGAGAGAGCCCCGCUUCCACAAGAGGAAGCAGACUGCAUCACACGGCCGGGAACUCAAGCCCAGGAUCCACCCCCAGGCCAGCAGGACAGGCGCCAAGCGGGGCCCGCCUGGCUCCCACUGACGUCGGACUCCGCUCUGCAUCCCAGCUGACGCCUGCCCUCCUGUGGGAACUGCCUCGCCCAUGGCCCUCCUCUGGCUGGCCGUGCUCCUGACACUCAUCUGCCGCUCAAUGACCACGGACCACGCCAUCUCCGAUCCAGACCCAAUUACGAACUUAAGGAUAGAUCCACAAAGAAAAAGAUUGGUCUGGGAGCAGCAUGGGAAUGUUUCCAAAAUUGCGUGUUACGUCAAUUCAAAACCUUUAACAGAGGCAAAGGGAAACCAAUGCACUCUUGGGGACUUGUCGUGCGAAGUAAAAAACUACACCGUGAAGGUGAUGAAAGGUCAACCGUUCUCUGCUUGGAUUCAGUAUCCGAAGCAAGGCAACCCCCGGGCGGCUGCGGACAACCUGACCUGCCGGGUGCACGACGUGGAUCAGCUCAGCUGCAGCUGGGCGGUGGGCAAGGAGGCCCCGGCGGACGUGCAAUACUAUUUCUGCCUGGAGACGUGGCCGUGUCCGAAGUACAUGCAGAACCAGCAGGGCGUCAACGUCCAGUGCCAUUUUGACAGCAUCUCCCUUAAACCUCAACUUCAAAGCCACACUCUGUUCCGUUUCCUGGUGAAUGGUACCAGCGGUGGUUCCAAAAUCCCCUGCCGCGAAACGCUUCACAGAUUACAAGAAAUUGAAAUAUUAGCUGCCCCGAACAUCACAAAAACGUGGUGUAACAAAAACUACUCGUUCAUGGAAUGGGAAGUAAAGAGUCUCUUUACUGAAGACCUCAAGUAUGAACUUGAGAUACAGAAGGGCACGGACCUCCCCUACAAAAAGGAGACGGAGCUCAAGACCUUUAUGUUGAGGAACCCAGGACCCUACACGGUGAAGGUCAAGGCCAUGGACUCCAUGUUCUUCAGGAGAAGACCGCAAGGCCAGUGGAGCGCCCCGCAGCACCUCGACUGUGACCGCAAGGACGCGUCCUUCCCGCUCUGGCUGGUGUACCUGCUGGCCCCGCUUGGGGCGCUGCUCCUGGUGGGGCUCCUGUUUCUCUGUCGCAGGUGGCCGGUGAUGCGGAAGCUGUUCCCGCGUGUCCCUCACGUGAAAGACCCCAUCGGCGACAGCUUUCAGAAUGAGAGGAUGGUGGCCUGGGACCCAGAGCCGGAGAGCCAGGAAGACUGUCCCGUGGCCCAGGUGCAGGUGUUGGGGGAAACAUGAAACUCAUGCAACCCGGGGCUUCAUUCUUCUGCUGGGGAGGGCGCACGGCUGGGCCGGGUUGGACGCGGACGUUUGCUGCACGGCUGAGGAUGGGAAAGCCUGCUGCACCUGACUGGGGGAUUGCCUUCCUUGUGCUUAUUUCUCAAAUAAACUACUUUUUGACCUGU